AUGGCCGGCGAAGUCCCAGGCGAGCAGCUCCUGAUCGGGAGGCGAUUCAUGGAUCAGCUGCGUGCUCCUGCGCGUGGGAGUGGCCGUGCUGCUUCCAUCAUGGCUGGGCCUCGUGGGAAGACGAUAGGCGAGGAGGAGGAGGCCACGGUCACGGCCACGGCACUUCAAGAGGGCCAUCCUGCGGAUGGAGCAGGCUUCAACAUGAUUCUGGAUGACGACGACUUCGAUCUUGAGGAAGAGUUUGACGACUUCGAGGAUGACGAGGCCGUGGGCGCCUAG